UCAUACAUGAAAUGAGAAUAAUGAGCACUCUCUGCCCACCUUAUUUCCCCUCCUCUAAAUAUCUUGUGUAUUUUGCACUAGUUCCCAGAAGUCUACCUUGGCCAGACCUAAUUUAAGCCUCGCCUGGGUCUCUUCCUUGGAAUCUGUCUCCAACACAGAGUCUCCUCUCCACUGCAGGGCAGGAAAUUCUGCUUGGUCUCUUUGCAGGUUGCCAAUGUUCCAGCUGACAGCCACCCCAGCAAGUGCCCUUGCAGAUGAGCCAGUGCACAUCCGAGUGAUGGGCCUGGCCCCACUGCAGGUGGUGACCCUCAUGGCAUCGCUGAAGGAUGAGAAGGGGAAUCUGUUCCAGUCCAGAGCCUUCUACAGGGCUAAUGAGGCUGGUGAGCUGGACCUGGAGCAGGAUCCUGCCUUGGGAGGUGACUUUGUGGGGGUCCAUCCGAUGGGCCUCUUCUGGUCUCUGAAGCCUGAGAAGCCUUUUGGGAGGCUGCUUAAGCUGGAGGUGAUGAACAGCCCCUUUUCAAUCACCCUGGAUCUAUAUGACUCAGUUUAUUUGCAAAAGUCGGGUGUGUCAGCCCAGGCCAGCCUGGAGGUGCAACGCUGGUUCUCCAGCCCUGGGGUGCAGCGGCUGAUGAUCCGAGAAGGGCGGGUGCGAGGAGCCCUUUUCCUGCCUCCAGGGGAAGGCCCUUUCCCAGGAAUCAUCGACUUGUUUGGGGGUAUCGGGGGUCUACUUGAAUAUCGAGCUGGUCUUUUGGCUGCUCAUGGCUUUGCAGUGCUGGCCUUAGCAUAUUUUGCCUAUGACGACCUGCCCAACCAGCUGCAGGAGGUGGACCUGGACUAUUUUGAGGAAGCUGCCAACUUGCUACUGGCUCAUCCCAAGAUCCAAAAGCCAGGAAUUGGAGUGAUCUCUGUGAGCAAAGGUGCAGAGAUUGGGCUGGCCAUGGCCUGCUACCUGAAGCAGGUGGUAGCCACUGUCUGCAUCAAUGGGAGCAAUGCCGCCUUUGAAUUUCCACUCAGGUACCGGGAUCUGGUUUUAACACCCAUUCCCUCAUUUCCGGAACGCAUGGAAGUCAAUGCCUCGGGGGCUGUGCGCCUUCGCCAUUACAAGGGGGAUCCCCGAGAUGAAUCGAAUCAACAGAGUGUCUUUCCUGUUGAAAAAUCCAAGGGCCCGAUCCUCUUCAUUAUAGGGGGGGAUGAUGAAUGCUUCAAUAGCAGAGACUAUGCUGAGCAGGCCCUGAACCAGCUCCAAAGUCAUGGGAGAAGCGAUGGAAGGAUGCUGCUCUACCCUGGGGCAGGCCACCUCAUAGAGCCGCCCUAUUGGCCCAUGUGUUAUGGGUCCUGGACCCGUGGUCUUUUCCGUCCCCUGCUCUGGGGAGGGGACCCUGUUCUCCAUGAGGCAGCCCAAGAGCAAGCCUGGAGAGAGAUCCUGAAAUUCUUCAGGCAAAACCUUGUUGGAAGCAGAAGCAAAUUUUGAAUAAGGGGGAUGAAAUGGUGAGGAGACAAAAAAAAAGUGGGUAAGAUAUGGAUGUCAAUGGAAGAGGAGGCCAUCCUGAUAUUUCCAGACUUACAGUCGUCUUGAGCCAACUGAAAGAGAUUGGGCCAAAUCAAACUACCAAGUGCAUCUGAAAUAUACCUGACCAAAUUUUAUGUGAACUUUUGUAAAUUGAAUCUCGUUUAUAUACACCAGGAUACAUUGUUAUAUCAAAAUUGUGAUAUCCUUACCAAUUUAAUAACCUUUUAUAUCUCAGUUAGGGCAACCUCGGAUACAGAUAUUGCCAAUCCAGAUGAAUUUCCUUGAACUUGCACAAGUUACUUGUGAAAUCAUUUCUGUUUAAGCUAUUUUGAGUUGAAUUUGACAUUUGAUAUGAAAAGUUCUAAUACUACUAUCAAGUGUAAUCCUUGCUAUAGAUUCUAGGGGACACUUUAAUUUUUUAGUGAUGCUUUUUAUUCGUAAAACUUAUUUUUUUUUAUGAUUUUAAUCAGGAGUGAAAGUAAGUGCCUUUGUAGCACUUGUUGAAAUUAAAUGCAUUAAGUUUAAAACAGAACAGUGCCUGGCACAUAGAAAUUUCUAUACCAGAGUUAGUUAUCAGUAUUUUCAUAAUGUUUUUCUCCUCCAAUAUCUGAAUGUAGUGAAUUACAUUCAUUAAUGGACUAAUUUUGCUCAUUCAUCUAAUUCUAUUAGAUCAAUUUCUCAUAUUGACUAAUUCUGGUUUUAAAAUUUCUUUUGGAGCCAACCUAGUCAUUUAUAUUUGCUCAAAGUUUCACCACUAUUUUCUGGCCUGUAUUUUUCUCUUAGAAUUUUUCACAUAUUCCCUGUUAUUUGUUUGCAUAUUCUUUUUUUCCUUUUAGUCUGACUUGCCAAAUAUUUGUCUGUUUUAUUGAUCUUUUCCUAGAACAGCGUUUGUGUUGUUUAUUGGUCAAAUCUAAUUUUUCCUGAUUCAUCAAUUUCUGUUUCUCUUAAAUAAACUCAUUCUUCUGCUGUUAUUUUGUUUUUCUAGCUCCUAGAGAUGCAGUGUUCUCAUUUUGUUAAUGUCUAACUAGACAUUUACUUUUUAUUUUUUACCCUCUUAAACCCAAGAGUAAUUUUACCAAAGUACAAAAUCUCAUCCUCUAGAUAAUAUGCUAGUGAUAAGGUACCUCACUUUGCAAUGGAGGGGUCAGAUUUUCACUAUCUGAACCUACUGAUCAAACUUAGCACCUCUAAAAAUCAUCUACUUGACAUAAUAGCUUUCAUGACCAGAUGUAAUAUGGAGUGCCCAGCACUACUUAGACCUAUGUCUAACAACACUGUUAAACUUGAUAACAAUCAAGCCAUUAAAUCAAAAUUCUUACUAAUGUUAUGGCUAGUGAACAGUUAAAUGCUUCUACAAGGAGACAGUCAAACAUAGAUUGUCAGUCAUUUUAUGAGCUGGUCUCUUCACAAGUUGAUUACAAUAUGGCCUUGUAUCUUUUCUCAAGUUAAUUGCAGGAAAAAAAUUGGAAUUUUUCACUUUGGGGGAUUUUAUUUUUUCUUUUUGAAUUGGAGAGAGCUGGAGGGCUCUUCAAAAUAGAAAGGAACUUAAGAGGUAUAUCAACCAAAUGCUAUGUAUGGGUGUUGUUUGAACAAGGUAAAAAGGGAUAAUUAAAGGGAUAAUUAAAGAAAUUAAGGGAUACUAAGAAAUUAUCGUGUUAUGUGUCAAAAGGACAUUGAGGUUAUAUAAAAAAGUAAUUUUUUAGAGAUGUAUACUGGAAUAUUUAGAGGUGAAGGUUUAAAAUAUCUGGGAAACGUCUUAAAAUACUACAGGAAUAUGGCAAAUCUGAAAACUUAUUACAUCCAGAUGAUGGGUAUAAUAAAGUUUGUUUUCUGUUUUUAUG